AUGGUAUAUACAAGGGUUGGUGUUUGGAUACCUCAGUGUCCCCCAAAGAACUGGGAGGCUAGGUCGUGGUCUGGAGAUGGUAGACGGCCAUCAGGAGCACUCCAUGCAACUGGGUUCCUUGCGGCUCACUCGAUCGAGCUUGCGGCUCCUCUUCCUCCUCUUCUUCAUCUUCAAAGUGUGUGGCUUCCUUGGCCUUGGUGGAGCUGGCUAGCUCGAACUGUCCAUAGGGGUUCCAUCUACUGGGGAGUCCUGGUAAGGCUGGGAUCGUACUCAAAUCCGGAUCUCAAACUGGGGCUCCUCCAGGUCAACUCGACCGUCAGCUCGAUCGAGUUGAGUUUCCUCUGUUUGGACUCGAUCGAGUCCGGUGGUCGAGCUGGAGCGUCUGGCCUUGGAAGUCUUCCUCCUUCUCUGCGUGUUGUCUUCUCCUUCCCUUGGCUCGAAAGAAGAGGCUCUGUGAGGCUCUUGGGCAGGGAGCCUCCUUGGUGGUGA